AUGGCAGCAUUCAACAAACAACUUCUAAUAAUCUCGGUGCUUCUGCUUUUCGUUGUUGAAACCACUGUAGGAGAGACUAUAUAUUUACCCUCUCCUCAAACUUCAACUCAAAAUCUACAGUCUUACCCACCAUCGUUACCACCUCAAAUCCCACCGUUUUUCCCAACUCCAAUUCUUCCAAGUUUACCACCAUUAGUGCCAAAAUCUCAUCCACCGUCUCGAGUUCCACCGUCUUUUCAACAUCCAACGCCACCCUCUCCUCCAAUUCUUCCAAGUUUACCACAACCAAGUCCAAAACCACCAUCUAGAGUACCACCCUCAUUUCCAACUCUGAUCCCACCCUAUCCUCUAACUCUCCCACCAGUAGUUCCGCCACCCAAUUUUUCAUCACCCUUUCCUCCUAAAAUAAACCAUGGAGCGGGUGAAGGUGGAAAUGCAGAAUCCCAAGGUCAUGGAAGGGAUGGUACAGGUGACAAAGGUGGUGGUGGCGGUGUAGGAGGAGGAAUAGGUGGUGGCGAUAUUAAUGGAGGAAGACAGGCAGGUCGUGCUAGAGGUAAUAUAGCAAGUAGUGUUGGGGAAUGGGUUGGGAUUAUAGUAGGAGGAUUGGACAUUGUCAUGCUUAUUGUGGUGGUUGUGCAGGCUAUUCGAAAGGCAAGGAACGUCCCAGAAGGGGGUGAAUAG